UUCACAGGGACGGAUUAGAGGCUGCAGACAGGAAAGGGAGAAGAAGACAGCUGAGGCAAAGCCACCCAGCGCCGAGCUGGUGCAUCCUGGCUGGGGAAGCCGCGGGCCUCCCUCGAAGUGUCAAGGCUGUUAAGCAAAUGGAGGGGGGAGCAGCUGCGGUCCUGCCCAAUGAGGAAGUAUGUGAGCUGAAACCAGGCUGGGAGGAAGUAGCCGGGGCUACCACAGAAAAUGAGGAAGCGAAGGUUUCGCUCACCCUGAACGCAGGUCUGGGAGGCAGCGCGCUGGGGUCGAGCCGGGACCCCCGCAGCAGGGCACAGCGGCUGCUGCCUCCGCUUCCCUUUGUGCUGCUCCCGGGCUGGGGGCGUCCCCCCGGGGGGAACCCGCCCCGCUGAGGUGUGGACGCUCCGGCAGCCUCGCCGCGGGGCUCAGCUGCAGCUUGCCCGCGGCCACCGGCUGCCUCGCUCAGCCGGGGAAGGGCGCCGCUUCCCUCCCCGCGGCCAGGAUCCCGGCGGAUCGCCAGCCAGCGGCGCUCCCCGUGCGCCGUGCCUAGGUAAGAGGCGCUGCCUGCUCCGGCGGGGGCUCGGGGUGGGGCGCGCUGGCAGGGGCGCGCUCGGGAGCCCGGCUGGCUGCGAAGGCAAAGACACGGGUUGCCGCUUUUGUGGCCCUGCAUCUAGCCCGUCGCUAGCGGAUCGGAGAGCGGGGGAAGCUUCGCGGCUGGACCGGGCUGCCGUUGUCAGGCUCAAGGUACAAAACGUUAAUCCUUGCUGAUCAAAAGGAAAAGCCAUGGCCGCCAACAUGGCUAACAGUGCUAAUCAUCUGCCCUACUUCUUUGGCAAUAUUACACGUGAAGAAGCAGAAGAUUACCUGAUGCAAGGAGGGCUGAGUGAUGGACUAUAUCUGUUGCGCCAGAGUCGAAACUUCCUGGGUGGCUUUGCUUUGUCCCUGGCACAUGGAAGGAAAGUUCAUCACUACACAAUUGAAAGAGAGCUGAGUGGCUUUUAUGCCAUUGCAGGAGGGAAGUCACAUAUGAGUCCUGCUGAACUCAUUAACUAUCACUCAGAUGAAGCUGAUGGUCUUGUUUGUCUACUGAGGAGACCUUGCAACCGGCCACCAGGUGUUGAGCCAAAAACAGGGCCAUUUGAGGAUUUAAAAGAGACCCUUAUCAGGGAAUAUGUCAAACAAACUUGGAACCUACAGGGUAAUGCCCUCGAACAAGCUAUUAUUAGUCAAAAACCACAGCUGGAGAAAUUGAUUGCCACUACUGCCCAUGAGAAGAUGCCUUGGUUCCAUGAGAAGAUCUCUCGGGAAGAAUCAGAGCACCGCGUUCUUUUAGGGACAAGGACCAAUGGAAAAUUUUUAAUCAGGGAAAGGGACAACAAUGGAUCCUAUGCUCUCUGUCUGCUCAGUGAAGGAAAAGUACUGCAUUAUCGUAUUGACAGAGACAAGACAGGAAAGCUCUCUAUACCAGAUGGAAAAAAGUUUGACACCCUCUGGCAGUUAGUUGAACAUUAUUCAUACAAACCAGAUGGGCUGCAAAGGGUCCUCACAAUUCCAUGUGCACGUCUUGGCUCAGAAAAUGCUAACAUCAUUUUUGACACCCGUCCACCUCCACUUCCUGGAACGCAUCCUAAGACUUGGUCAACAGGUGGAAUUAUCUCAAGACUCAAAUCGUACACCUUUCCAAAGCCUGGCAGCAAAAAGUUCCAUCCAUCCGUUCCUCAUGAUGAUUCAGCAUCUUUUAAUCCUUAUGUGCUGCAGAGGACGAGAGCUCUAAUGGGAGCUGAACAAGGAGAUCAGAGGGAUGCCUUGCCCAUGGACACAGAAGUCUAUGAAAGUCCAUAUGCAGAUCCAGAGGAGAUAAAACCAAAAAAUGUCUCCCUAGACAGAAAACUGCUGUCUCUGGAGGAAGGAGAACUUGGCUCUGGUAACUUUGGUACUGUAAAGAAAGGGCUCUAUAUGAUGAAAAAGGGUGCCAAGCCAGUAGCUGUAAAAAUUCUUAAGAAUGAGAAUAAUGAUCCAGCCGUAAAGGAUGAAUUACUGAGAGAAGCUAAUGUAAUGCAGCAACUGGAUAACCCAUACAUUGUCCGAAUGAUAGGCAUAUGUGAAGCUGAGUCCUGGAUGUUAGUAAUGGAGAUGGCAGAACUUGGACCAUUGAACAAAUUUUUGCAGAAAAACCGACAUGUCAAGGAAAAGAAUAUAACAGAGCUGGUGCAUCAGGUUUCCAUGGGGAUGAAAUACUUGGAGGAAAACAAUUUUGUACACAGGGAUUUGGCUGCAAGAAAUGUGUUGCUAGUUACCCAACAUUAUGCCAAAAUUAGUGACUUUGGGCUUUCCAAAGCUCUUGCUUCUGAUGAGAAUUAUUACAAGGCACAAAGCCAUGGGAAAUGGCCAGUCAAGUGGUAUGCUCCAGAAUGCAUGAACUUCUACAAAUUUUCUAGCAAGAGUGAUGUUUGGAGCUUUGGGGUUCUAAUGUGGGAAGCUUUUUCCUUUGGGCAAAAGCCAUAUAAGGGAAUGAAAGGAAGUGAGGUUGCCCAGAUGAUUGAAAGAGGAGAGCGAAUGGAAUCUCCUGAGGCUUGUCCAAGUGAGGUCUAUGACUUGAUGAAACUGUGUUGGACAUACAAGAUUGAUGACCGACCAGGAUUUUCUGCUGUUGAACUCAGACUACGUAACUACUAUUACGACAUUUCACAUUAACAAUGUGGAUACUAUGGACCUUAUGCUCACUUUGGUCUGCUGAAAGCUCCCUUCUGAAAAUGAAAGCCAAAAGUUUUAGCUUUAGAAAACAUCAUGACUUCAGUGUCGACAACAUAAAGAGCUUCAGCAGUACCAAAGUUCAAAGCAAAGCCCUUUGUAAUAGACGCCUUUACUUGCUUUCAGUGCAAUUUCCGGCCCUGAAAUAUCUUUUCAAAAGCAGACAUUGCUGCACUGUGUGCAGCAAAGACAGCAUAAUAGAUCUUUAGAAUUCUAUUAAAUUAAGUUUGUUUUAUUUUACAUACAGCCUUCUUGUCUUUGGAGGGAGGGAUGUAUAUUGCAAAUUCCAUUUUCUCUCUUUCAUCUCUUCCUCUCAUGCAUAUAUUUGAAUACAGAGCCAGCAUAAAAGCCUUGCUACUAAUUUUCUCACUACUGUUAUUUACCCUAAAAAUUACUCAGAAGUCCCCAAGCUUUGAUAAAGCUUUUUCUCCCAGUGAGAGGAAGGUAUUGAUCUUUGACUGUUUAAUUCUUAGUUUAUAUCCUAAUGUACUCUACCUGGACCACUGAAAUCCUCUCAAGUAAAAAGCCCUACACUCCCCGGCAGUAAUGCAAGGAGAGAGGAAACAGCAUUUGUGAAUCCCUACCGUGUGGCAAGGAAGCAUCCAUUCCCCUCUGAAUUCUCCUCUUCCCCCGGCCUGCCCCCAUUUCUAUUCAGGACUCUCCAGCUUGUCUAGGGGAAUAGUCAUAUAUACAAGAGGAGUCCUUGGGGCAUGCUUCCUUCUAGAAGAGGGAGUAACAAUGCCUCAGUUAAUGUUGCUCAGUAUUAAACUUAUUGUCUGUGUCUGCAUUAGCUGAGAGAGCAUAGGUUGGCCAGUGGAAGCAUCUCCUUUUCUGUCUUACCUUUGUCCUCGUCCUCCGAUGUCUUUUAUGGAUUAUGUCUUUUAACAGACAUCCUGAUGUUGUAUGCCAAACAGCUACCACCUCCUCUUUCAAAUUCCUCCUCUUCCACAACGCGCUUCCACAGAUUCCAAGGCCAGAAGGGACCAUUGUGAGCAUCUACUCAGAGCUCCAACACAGGCCAUACAACUUCCCCAAAAUUCCUAGGGCAUACCUUUUACAGAGAUCCAGGCUUGAUUUAAAAAUUGUCCGUGAUUAGGGGAUCCACCAUGACCAUUGGUAAAGUGUUCGAAUGGCUAAUUACUCCCGCUGUCAAAAAGUGACACCUUAUUUCCAGUCUGAAUUUGUCUAUCUUUAACUUCCAGCCAUUAGAUUGUGUUACACCUUCCUCUGCUGGAUUGACAAGCACAUUAUUAAAUAUUUGUUCCCCCUCUAGAUACUUAAUCGAGUCACCUCUUAACCUUCUCUUUGUUAAACUAAAUAGAUUGAGCUAGAUGGCAUGUUUUCUAUCCUUGAAUCAUUCUCAUGGUUCUUCUCUGAACCCCCUUCAAUUUAUCAAUGUCUUCCUUGAAUUGUGGGCACCAGCACUCUAAUAUUUUAUAAUAACGUCAUUGCAUAAAAAGGGAACUCUCAAGACAUUUGAAGUGCAACCAGUUUUUCACUUCUCACUCUGCAGGAAUCAGAGCAUCCCCCAGCCCCAAUCCCUUUAUCCCAAGGGAUCCAUCUGCCUCAAUUUCAUUACCUUUGCCCUUCCCAUAAUGUUAGUGUUUGUGCUACCAUUAUAGCUUUCAUCUUGCAUUAGAUUGUAAACCCUUCAGGAAGGAGUCUUUGUCUUUCUGUUUGUUUGCAAUGCACCAAACUCUCUCUGGCAGUGUAUAAAGAUAGAUAACAAAUCAUUCAGUUCCCCUCAUUGUUCCCUAUUGCCACUUUUCUCCAGUCUCAUUUUAAAUAUUCCAAGUUUAUCCUGAUAUGUAGCCUAAAUUUUCAUUCCCUUUCUUAAUUACAGCCCCGUACUCCAAUACUGUUUUUGAGCCUUGUAUUCAAUCCUAAAUAAUUAUUGGUGUUUACACCUUCCAAAUAUAUGUAGACUAUUCUUAUAAGAUAACUAGUUCCCAAAAUUAAUUUAUUGGCAUGCACAUAAAUGGAUGCACAUUUUAUUACUACAGGAAAUACGGGUAUGCAAAGGUAGUGAAGAAUAAUGUUUAAGGUUUGAUAUAUUUAUUUCUAUGUAUUUUCAGAACAUAUGUAUUUUACCAUGGAAUUAACUGGGUAUUCUAAAAGUUAAUUUAGAUGGUAUUUUUGUCCUUUGAAAAAGAAAUUGAUUACACAGUGCCAAUGUUUCAAACAUAGAAGAGGGUUAUAGAAGUUUGGUUUCCAUUGUGAAAUAUUUGUAGGUACUGUAGAUCUAAUGUAAGAGAUCAUUUGUUUCUUUUUACUAAAUUAAUGAUAAAUGUCCUACGUUUUCAAAAUUGACUAGUGAUUUUUCAAUGCCUCAGUUUUGAGGUGUCCAAUGGAGGACAUUGUAAAGGUACCUGAUAUUUAAAGACACUCAAAACCACGAUUUGCUUUUGAAAAUGAAGGCUAUUUAUCUUUAUCCAAGUGGGACCAAUAAAUUGGUUGGUUUGAAAAGCUAGAUAUCUCAGCAUCUGUUUUUCUGCAUGGCCAUGUUGUCCAGAAGUGGCCUCUAUUUGAUUUUUGAGCACUCACUUUUGCACAGACAAUUUAGAAUCUCCAUGUGCGGUAAUCCACCUGUGCAUGAAAGUGGAUGUAAAUCAAGCACAAGUGAGAUUUGAGUAUAAAAUCCCAUCACCAAGAAGGGCUACAAUUCCACAUGCUCUCGGACCCUCUGAGAGCAUGGCCUAAUGUGACAAAGUUGGGGAGGCCCAACCUCCUCCCAUUUCUUUUUUAAAACAUUUUUAAAAGUGAAGAAAGAUCCUGAUUAGUAUUAUUUUAUUGUUUUUUAGCUUUGCUAUAAAAGCCUACAGCGUAUGAAUACAAAAUUUUGUGACCUAAAUGAAUAUAUUAUUAAACUGAAAUUAAAGGUAUUCUUUUGUAAAA